UGAAUAUCUCAGUGUGUGCUUAUUGAGGGUUGCAGGUCUGACUGCAUGAAGUGAUCACAUCUAUUUUAAAAUUGUAACUGCAUUGUAGACAAGACCAGGAAGAAUGUUCUUUGCCAUGUGAUACAAGAACACAGAAAUGGGGUCUCGGAUCAAAGACAAUCCUGAGAGGACGUUUGAAUGGUUCUUUGAAGCCUCGUGUCCCAUAGCAAAGGAUAAAGACCCUGAAGUUUUACUGCAGUUCCCUGGGGAUUUCAAUGGCCAGGAAUGUCUUCAGACUCUUCCCAGGUUCUGCUUCCCCUUCGAUGUCGAAAGGGUGAGGGAGAUCCCGGUGGUCCAGCACUUCACCUUCGUUCUGACUGACCUGGAGGGGCAGCAGCGUUUCGGGUUCUGUCGACUCACCUCCAGGACCUGCCUCUGUAUCCUCAGUUACCUGCCCUGGUUUGAAGUCUUCUACAAGCUUCUGAAUAACCUAGCUGACUACCUGACCAAAGGACAGAGAAGCGAGAUGCUGGAUUUGUUGUCAGCGUUGUACAAACACCCGGUCCCUCAGCUGGGCAGCCCCGUGCUUCUCACACUUGGCCAGCAAUUGCAGAUAAUCAUGGGGACUCAAAAUGGUGUGACUGCAGGGAGUCCGACGAUUCCCUAUUUCAUUGCUCCGGACCCUGCAGGCCUGCCCUCCAUUCCUGAGAGUAGGAACGUGACAGAGCUGGUUGUCUCUGUGGAUGUCACUAACAUGCUGCACCUGUACGCCAGCUUGCUGUUUGAGAGACGCAUCCUCUUGGCCUCCAGCAAGCUCAGCACGCUCACUGCCUGUGUCCAUGCCUCAGCAGCCAUGCUGUAUCCCAUGUACUGGCAGCACAUCUACAUCCCAGUCCUGCCCCCACAUCUACUGGACUACUGCUGUGCUCCCAUGCCCUACCUGAUCGGAGUGCAUUCAAGCCUCAUGGAGAGAGUGAAGAGCAGAGCUCUGGAGGACGUAGUCAUAUUAAACAUCGACACGAACACCCUGGAAUCCCCGUUCGAGGACCUGGAGAAACUGCCAGCUGAAGUGGUGUCCCACUUGAAGAUGAGACUCAAGAAGCAGUCUGGAGCCACGGGAGACGGCGUGGCCAGGGCAUUCCUGAGAGCUCAGGCCCUUCUCUUCGGGGGCUAUCGAGACGCACUCGCUUGUGAGGGGGAUGAUCAGAUCAUCUUUAUGGAGGAAACCUUUAUAAAUCACAAAUCCAACCCCAUGAAACAGUUCCUACAAAGCGCAGUCCAUCUCCAGCUCUUCAAACAGUUCAUCGAUAACCGUCUGGAGAAGCUCAACUCUGGCAAUGGAUUUGGAGAUGUGUUUGAAGAGGAGAUAACACACUGUGGACUGUCUGCAGGUGCCUCAAAGUCUCACCAGCAGUGGGUUGACAAUUUAAAGAAAGGAGGCGGCGCAUUGAUUCACACAGUGAGAGCCAAGACUACACCAGGCGUGAGGCACAUGUACAGAUGUGCCAAAGGUCAUGCAAAAUUGGGUCUGAAGGAGAUGAAAAGCAGACUGAAGAACAGGGACUCCAGUGAGGAUCGGCAGUUACAGAGAGGGGGGUCGCUGCGCUGCGAUCUGGGUUCAGGCCCCCAGUUUCAGAGAAAGAUCCAGUCUGACUGUCUACAGGACCGCCUGCCCAUCACGCAACACUUCGGCAAGUCUCGCCCGAGGCGGCCCACCCGACGUUACACAAGCCCGCUGGGAGAGAGUGAUGCGAUGGACAAGAACAGAGCCUGGGCGCUCCGCUGGGACGAGGAUUAUGGCUCUCCUGACAAUGGCGUUCAAGGGGCUGCCGAUGAUCCCGGUGAGCCCGAAGACUUUAAUUUCCUGUCGGGCUCCAGUGAGAUGGACUUGCUUGGGGAGAUUUUUGACACGCUCAGUACCCAGACCUGCCAGGAGAGGGGGCUGCUGUACGGGACCCGCAGUCUGGACCUCUUCAGCUCAGACAGCUCUGACUACAUCCGGAGAGUGAGAUCCAUCACUCCCAGUAAUGAGAGCCUGACUUCCCCUCCAUGGAGAGCUGGGAGCGACUUGGGCUGGGAGCUCGAAGAAGAAGAUGAGUGUUCUCUGGAGUACGGAGCGUCUUCGACUGACGAUAUCGCUUCCGAGGACCCGACGGCUGAAACCACAGCAGCGCAACCCGGCGCAGGCACUUUAACAGUCACCUGCAUCGCGAGGUCCUUGGGGGAACCCGACGGCAAUGUCCUUAAACGCAACAGUGGCAGGUGGGACCGGGGUAUCGCAGAGAACGAGGGAAAGGACGGAGGAGAGGAAGGCAACUCUGACCCCAUUGCACAGACGCCAACCAGAAUCCCCUUGGAGAAGGAGGGAGCAGAGAGAGGUCAAACAGGCUCAGAGGACAACCAGGGGUCAACAGGAAGUGCUGGGAAAAGGGACCAGGGAUCUACAGGGAGUACAGUGGUGCAGGUCCAAGGGUCAACAGGAUGUACCACGAGUCAGAAAUCAACAGGAAGUGAGGAUACCGAGCAGGGGUCAACAGGAAGUACAAUGGUGGAUGGCCAAGGGUCAACGAGUCAGAAAUCAACAGGAAGUGAGGAUACUGAUCAGGGGUCAACAGGAAGCCCAAAGUCCAUUACUGAGGGCAAGGAGGGAGUUGAUACCCAAGUGAAGACCCAAGGAGAAGCCACAGGGAACGUGGAUAGAGCUGGUAAUGAAGUGCACUGUAGCAGUGAAGACAGCGCUAGCUCCUCUUCAUGCUCUGCAAACCAGCAAGGAGACUCUGCUGAGGAGCUGAAGCAGACCCCUCUAAGAGAGGAUUCAGGGACAGACCAGCUCCAGUCUCCCAGGGUGCUGUCCGCUGUGGCUCUCUUCCAAGCCAAAGGGAAGAGCCCAGAACCAAGACCUGGUCCGGCUCGGUUUGGGUGCAUCCGUCGCGGGGCGGACGCCAGCCCAGGGAGGAAGAGCCCAGCUUUGGAUCCCGCAUGGAAUGGGAGAUUAGAGAUCCAGGCGGCCAGCCUGGAGGCCCUGGAGCCGGAGAGGGAGCCUGCAGUGCAGUCCUCACCCAGCCCAGCGCCCGACCCGCUGCCCGUGAAGAAAGUGUCCGAGCUCAAGAAGAGGUUUGAAGCAUGACGGGGGGAGGGAAGAGCAAGAGAACGCAGCAAAGACGCGACGAAGGGUCACGCUUCUGAUCAGGACCCAUUUCAUUUCAAAGCGCUUCUCAAAACGCCCGCUCCUGUGCACUGAUAGCGUCAGGAUUACCGCCCACAUUGUCAGGCAGGUAACGCAGCAAGAGCGAUCCACGAUGCGGUACGGAACAGAAAAGCACUUAAGUUUUUUUUUUGUUUGUUUUUAAGUCACUCUUCCUGCAGUGAUUUAGAGGACAGAUCUCAAACCCUAGUGCACUAGCGCUUUGAAACAGACUUUAAAGUUAGAAGUGUAAAAAGUUGUCAGGGUGUUUAACAAUGAAAAAAAAAACGACAGGUACGUUAUUUUUUUUUUAAACGGUUGUAGAACCACGUGGGGACGUGUAAUGCUAGAUUUUUCAGAAUACCGGUAACUUACUCUUUAAGAAAAGAGUUUACAAAGUUAUUAAUACAUUUUUUAAAUAAAAAUAGACCAUGUAUUUCUUUAUUUAAAAAAUAAAACCAAUUAAUUGUUAACAACUAGAUUAUCAUUUCAACGAAUGUGGUCAUUUUCUUUUUAAUGAUUGUUAUUGGAGUGCUAUUUAAAAAGCCGUUCAAAGGCAGUAAUAUAAUUUACGCAGGUCCUUUUAAAGACUUAUUGUAGUAAAGUGCUGUAAUGAAAUCAGGGUCAGUACCACUGUAUGGUACUUUUACUCAGCAUGACCCGAUAAAAUAGGGUUUGUUUUUUUAAACAACGACCCCAGACUUGUAGACCAAAAAAUAACAGUCAGCCUUUAAUGAAAAAAAGAAACAAACAUUGCAUUAAAUCUCAACCGGGCCAGGAGUUUCUAAAGAAACGACCCGAUUCCAAACUGUGCUGCACAGCUCUGGUCAAACGUUUAGCAUCACCCUCUAGAAUGAACCGGUUCUGCUUCAUAAAGUCGAAUGAAACCUGCUGAUAACGUUAACAUAUUGAAUUGCAUACCGCUUGUAGUUUCCCAUAUACUUAACGAAAAACUGACAUUAAAAAGUGCGACAUUUCGAAACCUAGCAUGAAAUACUACUGUACUACUAUUACGGUUUCCGGUAGACUUUUGCGCUAUCAUCUUCUAGUUUCUUUGAUUACAUCUGUUUUCAAGCUUGUCUUUCAGCUUGCACCUCCUUCUGUCCUCUCAUUCACCAAUCAGCGGCUUCCCCUGUAUUGACGGACAUGUUUUCAGCCAGUGACAUGCUAGUAAGCGAUGUGUAAACUGUAAAUAAACUAAAAAUGCAGAAAACCAGGGGAUUGUGUUUUUUUAGUGAGCAAACGAACCCACGCACAUUUUGUCCAGACGCGUCGUUCUUCUUUAAAAUGACAGCUGUUUGUCUUUAAAAUCGUGGUCAAUUCCUGUUUUUCAAUUUCAAUUCCAUUUGCAAUUCCUUUUUUAAAAUCAAUUCCCAGUUCUGAAGGACUUGGAGUUGCUGUUUUAGAGACAUCAUAAUUGUUUAGUUGCUUUCACUUGAAGCCAAUUUAAUUAACUGAAGUCAUGUGUUGCCACUGUGGGAAGCUCAUCUGAACAGAAUGCUGCCGGUUGUAAUUUUGAUCAGCGGUGUUCUGGAACCGAUUCAAAAGGAAUUGGAAUUGGAAUUGAUUUUCAAAAAGGAAUUGGAAUUGGAACUGAAGAGGAAUUCCGCACUUGAUAUUAUGCAGAACUGGUAAUAGUCACUAGUAAUACAACAAUGCCUUUGCACAGGGCAAUACAUUUCACAACAUGGGACAGCUUUCAGACAGACUGAUCACUGAAGAGCAGCACAGCAUCCAGCCAAGACGGGCUCUGUGACGUAUUCAACGAUGUAUCUUCAUUUGCCAUUUAUAAAUAAAACGCUACUGUCUUUUUAUUAUAAUG